CCACCUCCCCGCUUGCUCGCUUCGCUUCCAUUCAUUUCGCGCACAAACGCACCGCACGCGCACGCACGGUCACGGUGAGUGGGGGAGAAGGAAGGAGAACGGUCGAGAGGAUUUUGGUGGCGGCUGCGAGGAGGCGAUGGGGUGCGCGCGGACGGUGAAGGCCGGGGCGGCGGCCGCGGCGGCCGUGCUGGUGGCCGCCGGGGUGAGGAUGGUGGGGCCGGCGGCGGCGGGGUUCGUGGCGGAGGAGAUCCCGCGCGCGCAGGCCGCGGCGGCCACCUGGCUCACGCCGCCCUACCUGUACCUCGUCAUCAACGCCAUCAUCAUCUCCAUCGCCGCGUCCUCCAAGUUCCAGACCAGCCGCGCGUCGGGCUCCCACGCCGCUGUGGGGACGGAGCCGGUUCCAGUGCCUUCCCCGGGAUUGGCCAUGCCGAUGGAGGUGAGUGCACCUGCAGUCACCAUGGCGAUGACGGUGCCCGUUCCGGAGCCGCGUGUUCCGGAGGCCGUGCCGAUGGUCAAGACGCCCCCUGCGCCGGUGCCGGCGCCGGAGAUGGAGGAGGAGGGGGACUUCCUGAUUUCAAGAUCUGCAUGGACGCCGCAGCGGAGGGUCACGGAGACGGAGGUCGAGGUGGCGCCGUUCGCGGACCUGACGAACAAGAGGGAGAAGCCGCUGUCGUCUGCGCGGUUCGGCCGUAAGGCGGCCAAGCCCAGCCCAGAAGGCAGCAGGGCGCUGCGGGUGUCGCGGCCGCGGAGGGAGGACACUCUGGAGAGCACGUGGAAGGCCAUCACGGAGGGGCGGGCGCCGCCGCUGGCGCGACACCUCAAGAAGUCGGACACCUUCGACACCCGCCCGGGCCGCCGUCCGUCCGGCGGCGGCGAGGAGGCGGCGCCCCCCGCGGCGACGAUGCGCAAGGCGGAGACGUUCAACGACCCCGCCGCGGCCGUGGCCGGCGCAGGCGAGAGGAAGGUUCGGCGCGAGCCGUCGCUGGGGCAGGACGAGCUGAACCGGCGUGUGGAGGCCUUCAUCAACAAGUUCAACAUGGAGAUGCGGCUGCAGCGGCAGGAGUCGCUGAAGCACUACAGCGAGAUGGUCGGCAGCGGCGGCGGCCGUUACUGAACAGAGUUCUCCCAUGAACUGAACUCGGGAUGGGAGCAUCAAAGCAAGUUACUUCUUUUUUUGUUGGGUGUGCCGCUCGUUUUUGGCUCUGGUUUCCGUUUCUCCUCUGUAAGAAAUGGUUCUGUCAAUAACUCCUAGUAGUAGUAAGAAGGUGAUAGCGAUAGUAGUUUUGCACAAGGGACUCAAGUUGAUAGGGGGAUGAUGCAGAUUAGUGAGGGCCUGGAGACCCCAAUUUCAUUUGGGAGCCGGGCAUGUGUAUUAAAAGUCUUUUGCUUACUAAGCUGUUUCAUGGCA